AGAUACUCAAGUAGGUUUUUCUUUCUUUCCAAAGUUCAGUAUGGACAGCCCUUAAUGUACGUAGCUUCAUCCAUGUAGUUAUCUGAGAAUAAUGAAAAUAAAUAGACUGUUUAAGUUUCUGAAUAGCUAGAUGGAGCGUAAAUUAUAAAGUUCUUAAUUUUUGUUUUGUUUUCAUUUUUAUCAAAUAUAUCGCGCGUUCAGAUAUAUAAAAGUUUAGGAAUUAUCAUGUAUUCUCUUCUGCUUCAGUUGCCAACGAACUAAAACCCAAAAACGAGUUGUUUAUGUUUUCUUUGAAAUUUUGGGUGUGAACUUCCUUAAGCACCAUAUCUGCAAAAGUUUUUUUUUUUUUUUGAACAAAAGAUAUUAUCUAUACAAAAAGGGAAGGGGUGAGCUUAGUCUCACAAUGAGCUAGCAAUAAUAUGAUUCAAACUCGCCUUUGGCGAGAUUCAAAUCUAAGACCUCUCAUUUACAAGUAAAGAGGAAUAUCACUAGACCGUAGUACUAAAUGGCUUAUCUGAAAAGUUAUUAAAUUGACCAUUUUCUUUGUUGUGAAAAAACACCAGGAUACAAAUGAGUAACCCAAGCGUUAAAGAUAGGAUCAGUGGGUUGCCCGAUCCAGUUCUUUGCCAUAUGCUUUCCUUCCUGCCAACAAAAUGUGCGAUGAGGUGCAGCAUUCUGUCUACUAGAUGGAAGAACAUAUGGGAUUCCGUUCCGCAUCUAGACUUCGAAAACAAAGAUAAGUCUGACAGUGUUGGUUUUAUGAAUUUUGUUGACCAUAUACUUAACUUUCCCGGCUCAGUAGACAUUCAGAAAUUUCGUCUUCAUUGUUCCUGUGUUGGGGAUUACACUCGUAUUGAUGGUUGGAUUCGCACUGCCAUUAGGCGUAAGGCCGUUGAACUAGAUAUUGGUGUAUCUAAUACGGGCAAGACUUUGGAGUUACCCAAAAGCGUUUUCAUGUGCAAAACACUGGUGGUCUUAAAGGUGAAGUCAAAUGUUAUUACCUACAAUCCACCCACAUCUGGGUGUUUCCCAAGUCUCAAGUUUCUCCAUAUCACAGCUGAAGGUCCCUACUGUGACUCAGUGGAAAAUCUCUUAUCCUGUUGCCCGGUACUUGAAGAUUUGGUAAUAGAUAUAACGCUUGGUGUUCGAAAUUGCAAUUUCAAGAUCUCUGCUUCUGAACUAAAGAGGCUAAGUAUAACAUUCCACCAUUUAUUGAUUCAAUUAGGUGGGGAGAAAGUCUUUAUUAAUGCCCCGAAGCUUGAAAACUUUGACGUUAAGGAGGAUAUUUUGGCCAAUUAUUGUUUGGAGAAUGCGAAGUCCCUUGUCAAAGCCAAUGUCGAUCUCUGUUGCUAUUGUGUACAUCGAGAUGUAAAAUUUGUAACAAAUGCAACUGCACUCCUGGCAGGGAUAUCCAAUGUCAAAUGUCUAUGUCUUUCGGCUCGUGUUUUGCGGGAUCAUUGUCUGCCGGCUUUUGAUAAUUUGAGCGAGUUGAAGCUGGUUCUAUAUGAUUUCUAUAACUGGGAUUUGCUCAUGAAGUUGCUCGAUAAAUCACCUAAUUUGGAACAUCUUGUCUUAGAACACAAAGAAGACAGGGACUAUGUUCAACACUACUCGUUUGGACAACGCUCAAAUUUUAAACGUAAACUACCCUCAGAGCUUCGAUGGCAUACACCGGAGUAUGUGCCUGCCUGUUUGACAUCACACCUCAAGACUAUCACCAUAAGAGGAUUCAAGGGAUAUCAGCAUGAGAAGAAAGUGGCAAGGUUUUUGUUCGAGAAUGGUAUUGUUUUGGAUAAGAUGGCUAUUUAUAAUGAUUUUGGUGAGGAAUUUACAUUGUUCCAGAGGGGUUUGGGGACUUGUCUAGCUAUUUGAAUUCGGUGUGAAACACAAUCAUCGUUCUAUAUAUGGAGUUUGGAUUGAUCAUUCUCUCAUCGAUGUUGUAAACUAGAGAAACGUCUUUGUUGGUCUUUCGAUGGAUUAUGAAGAUAUUUAUGGAAUUCCCGACUUUAUAUUUUUCGUUAUUUCUUGUUGAUGAGCAACCUUUGCCUAACUAUGAAAUUCAACUAAUCUAUGAAGCACGGAUACAUAUAUGGUGAUACGAUACGGUACAGUAAUACGGUAAAGUUUAAAGACUAGGACACGAUAGAACAUGGAUACAACAGUUAUAGCAACAUUUAUUGAUCUUAAGAUGGAAUCCAUUUGCAUAGUUUUUUUUUUUUUUGGUGAAUAUUUGCAUAGUUUUUGUUUUGCAUGCUAUAUGUUUCCUAUCGAUUUUAUUGAGCUUCUUCAGACCAAUUGUUCCUAGUCAGAGUAAUAGUAUCAAGCCAGAUUGCCUUGUUCAUUUCUUUCCCAUCAUGACCAUAAGAUUGAUAUGAAGAUGCCAUGAAUCAUUACUUUUCUUUAAGUCAGAGGAGAGCAUAACUUCUACAACCAAAACUUGGAGAAUGACCUACAUGAACAAGUUUACUGCAACAUGGUGUCUCGGUUCAAUAAUUCAUUGUUACGCUU